AUGAACUGGAGCUCUUUCAGCUUGCACCUAAUUAGAGGCGACACGGGGAAACGCACCAAGAAGGUCGGAACCAUCGGUAAAUUCGGGACCUGUUAUGGUGCCUCCCUCAGGAAAAUGGUGAAGAAAAUCGAAAUAAGCCAACACGCCAAGUACACUUGCUCCUUUUGUGGCAAAACCAAAAUGAAGAGACGAGCUGUGAGGAUCUGGCACUGUGGUUCCUGCAUGAAAACAGUAGCUGGCGGGACCUGGACCUACAACACCACUUCUGCUGUCACAGUAAAGUCGGCUAUCAGAAGACUGAAGGAAUUGAAAGACCAGUAGAAGCACCACCUUUUGAAGCAUUGCUAGACAACAAUAAAUGGGUUAAUUUAUGUAA